AUGAGGCCUUGUAUACGACUCUUAGCUAUAGCGACUGAUGCCGGGGCAUCAAGACCCUUCAGACCAGCCCCAGCGGCUUUAUUACCACCGAUACCUCUUUACAGACGCCUUCUAAGGUCACAUCGAAAGCGGCUAGGCAUAGAAGAACGUCUUCUCGGGGAUCUGUACGUCAAGGCUGAGUUCAGAGCUCACAAAAACAUCGACAAUCCUGUACAAAUUAUUGGUUUUCUCUCAGAGUGGCAACAGUACUGUCAAAUGCUCGAGGGUGACUCUUGGAAGGAAGCCAAAAUGGAGAAGAUCAAGAUUGACAAGAUGAGUGGUGUGUUCAAAAUGUUAACCCUCUGCUUCGCAAUUCACUAA